CUCACUCCAUAUUCAACAUUCCAAAUGCCGGGGAAAAGAUUCUAAAAGGUAAGAAAUGAAAAUAAUUUUACUACUAAUUUCUGCAAAUCGAGCAAUAAGGAAAUCGCCUUAUCACGAGGACUGGUUUCCUCACUCUCACUUUCCCGGUCUGGAGAGCCGCUGCUCCCUCAUUUAAUCCCAGCUUCAAGCCAUCCCAAUUAUUCAAUCACCGCCCUCACCUUGUCCCUCAUCCUUCCCUCGCAUCUUGCAUCGCUUUCUGACAUCUAAUCUCUUUAUUCACGCCGCAGGUAAUUCUUCGAUUAAAAAACAAAACUCUUUCAAGCCGGAGUUAACGUCCCCGACCAGCCUCAGCCGCGAAAUACCUCACCUCUUCCAACCCCCCCGGUUGACCUGCCGUUGGCUUUGAAAUUCAAUCGCUUGCAGGACCACCCUCUGGGUCCUGCGGGCCUCCCAUCCCUGAAGGAAUGAGUGGAAUAGCGAAUGCGUGUUGGUCCUGUCUCUCGACAGUAGACCGUUGGUGUCAUAUCACGGCUUGCCUCGGCGGUAGCCGCUCGAGAGAUGGAAUCUAUGAGACCACAUUGGCCGACAAUGAACGCGAAGCUGUCUCUGACUUGCUGGGCUACCUUGAAAAUAGAGCCGAGACAGAUUUCUUUUCAGGCGAACCUCUUGGAUCGCUGAGUACCCUGGUCUAUUCCGACAAUGUUGAUCUACAACGAAGCGCCAGUUUGACGUUUGCUGAAAUCACGGAACGAGAUGUGCGCGAUGUGGAUCGAGACACCUUGGAACCGAUUCUUUUCUUGCUUCAAAGUUCCGAUAUCGAAGUCCAGCGAGCGGCUAGUGCUGCGCUCGGGAACCUUGCCGUCAAUGCGGAUAACAAGGUCCUGAUUGUUGCCCUGGGAGGGCUGGCUCCUCUUAUCCGCCAAAUGAUGUCCCAAAAUGUUGAGGUUCAAUGCAAUGCGGUCGGAUGCAUUACCAACCUGGCUACUCAUGAAGAGAACAAAGCUAAAAUCGCUCGCUCCGGUGCUCUGGGGCCCUUGAUUCGGCUUGCCAAAUCCAAGGACAUGCGCGUUCAGCGUAAUGCCACAGGUGCAUUGUUGAAUAUGACCCAUUCGGAUGACAACCGUCAACAACUCGUCAAUGCCGGUGCGAUUCCGGUUCUCGUCCAAUUGCUCUCUUCCUCCGAUGUUGACGUUCAAUAUUAUUGCACUACGGCACUGAGCAACAUCGCCGUCGACUCGACCAACCGAAAGAAAUUGGCCCAAACAGAGUCGCGAUUGGUUCAGUCGUUAGUCCACCUCAUGAUGGAUUCUUCUACUCCCAAGGUACAAUGCCAGGCCGCCCUGGCUCUCCGUAACUUGGCAUCCGAUGAGAAAUAUCAGCUCGAAAUCGUUCGAUCGAAGGGCUUGCCUCCUCUUCUGCGACUCUUGCAAUCCUCAUAUCUUCCCCUCAUUCUUUCCGCCGUUGCUUGUAUCCGUAACAUCUCAAUUCACCCUCUCAACGAAUCCCCAAUCAUCGACGCUGGUUUCCUCAAACCCUUGGUGGAUUUGCUGGGCUCUACUGACAACGAGGAAAUCCAAUGCCACGCCAUCUCGACGCUUCGCAAUCUUGCAGCAAGCUCAGAUCGCAACAAGGAGCUUGUACUCCAGGCAGGUGCAGUACAGAAAUGUAAAGACCUGGUGCUGCGAGUUUCGCUGAGCGUGCAAUCCGAGAUGACUGCUGCUAUCGCUGUGCUGGCCCUCAGCGAUGAACUUAAGCCCCAUCUCCUGAACCUCGGUGUGUUUGAUGUCUUGAUCCCUUUGACCGAUUCAGAGAGCAUCGAGGUACAAGGAAACAGUGCAGCUGCCCUAGGCAAUCUGUCAUCUAAAGUUGGGGAUUACUCGAUUUUUGUUCGUGACUGGGCGGAUCCGAACGGUGGAAUCCACGGAUAUUUGCACCGCUUCCUCGCUAGUGGAGACCCGACAUUCCAGCACAUCGCCAUUUGGACUCUCCUCCAACUAUUGGAAUCGGAGGACAAGAGGCUGGUCGCCUAUAUUGCCAAAUCCGGAGACCUCGUUCAGAUGGUCAGGGAAAUCUCGGAUAGGAACGUCGAGUCAGAUGUGGAAGACGGAGAAGACGGAGAGGGCGAGGUCGUUGCCCUGGCUCGGCGAUGCCUCGAGUUUCUUGGUAACGGUCCCAAACAGACCCUUGUCGAAGGCUAAUGCGACCUUCCUUCUUGAA